AUGGAAAUUCUUUUACUGUCGCAGAUUGCGAGUUUCAUGGGCGAGGUGUCCACUUACAGUGACGAUGUGCCCCUCCUUGGCCGUCCUCUCUCUAUCGUUGACGAGUUUCAGGUGAAUCGGGUUGGCUGGUCGGCCAGGCUGCGUUGUGAGAGAAUGGAAGCAGGUGAUGGUGGGGGAGAAAUCCAGAAUCCAAUCAGCGACAAGGACAGUCCAAAUCUCAAGACGACCCCUGCAGCCCCCCUCCCCCUUUCCCCAUCACGCUAG